UUAACUUUUUGAAUAAAAAAUUUCUUUAAAUGAAAUGCUUAAAGAGUGUCUCGAGGACACUCGUUAGCAAGACCCAAUAAAAAAUUAUCCAAAAUAUACAACUACCACCAUCUAUGUGGUCCAUGAAAAAAAUUUGAAACACUAAUGCUACAAUAAGUUAGACAAGAGGGACACAAUUGAAAUGGAAAAGUGAAAUUGAAAUGAUAAAUGUAAAAUGUCUUAUGUCUUAUGUUGUUGUCCUAACUCUAAACGAUGUCUCCCACGUCAUGGCCUGUCUUUACCUAGCUGGAAUUCAACCCUACCCCUUAAUCCAUAGACCCACCCACCCACCACCUCUUCUCCCCAAUCCUCGCCGUCCUCUCUUCUCAAUUUACUCCUUCAAUACCUUGUUUGGCUAACCCAACAUUUCUUUUUCUGGUCACUACUUCUGACUCUACCACCUUACACACCUACAACUCUAUCACCUGAAUCAAAACUCAAUUUUGACUUGUCAAUAAUCAAUUUCAACUUCAUCACACUCACCACCAAUUUUGACCUUACAUAACCCAUUUUGAGUUUUCCCACCUAUUUUAUUCUCUCCUCACAUUACAUCACAACACUUGGCUUUUGGUUUUUAAAUUCAACCUCUUCUUCUUGCAUUGCAAAACUAUCCCUCCUUCCCUCCUAAGUCAUAACCCAAAAAAGCUUAAACACAAAAUCAUAUUCAUAAUUUCAUAUCAUGAAUACUACUACUACUAUUACUACUACUAAUCUCAUCAAAUCCAUAUUAUCAUCAAUAACAACAAAAUCUUUGUCUAUAACCCAAUUAAUCCCAUACAUAAUAUGCUUCUUCCUUUUCCUUCUCCUCCUUGAACAGAUCUCAUACCUCACAAAAAAAAGUUUCAUAGCAGGCCCAUCUUUUGUUCUUCCUUUCAUAGGAAACGCAAUCCCAUUGGUACGUGACCCAACAAAAUUUUGGGACCUUCAAUCAACUUUAGCCAAAUCAACUCCUUUGGGCUUUUCAGCUAACUACAUCAUUGGAAACUUCAUAGUCUUUAUUAGAGACACAGAACUUUCACAUAAGAUUUUCUCAAAUGUUAAGCCCAACGCUUUUCAUCUCGUGGGCCACCCAUUUGGUAAGAAACUCUUUGGUGAACAUAAUCUUAUUUACAUGAUGGGCCAAGAACACAAGAAUCUCCGCCGUCGGAUUGCUCCAAAUUUUACGCCUAAAGCGCUUUCCACCUACACCUCGCUGCAGCAGAUUAUUAUUCUCAAACAUCUUAAAUCAUGGGUUGAUAAAGCCCAAGCCCAGGCCCGUGAGUCUAUUUCAAUACGUGUUUUGGCUCGUGACAUGAAUUUAGAAACCUCUCAGACAGUUUUCGUGGGCCCGUAUUUGGGCCUGAAAGCCCGAGAGAGAUUUGAGCAUGAUUACUUUCUAUUCAACGUUGGUUUGAUGAAGCUUCCUUUUGACUUUCCUGGAACAGCGUUUCGUAACGCGAGACUCGCCGUUGACCGUCUCGCCGGAACCCUAGCUAAUUGCACGGCGAUGAGUAAGGCGAAGAUGGAGAAAGGUGAAGAAGAACCGUCGUGUCUCAUUGAUUUCUGGAUGCAGGAUACGAUAAGAGAGAUUGAAGAAUCAAAGCUCAACGGAGUCACGGCGGCGCCGUUUUCCACCAACGCUGAAAUCGGCGGUUAUCUCUUUGAUUUCCUCUUCGCAGCACAGGACGCUUCAACUUCAUCGCUGCUAUGGGCGGUGGCGCUGCUUGAUUCACAUCCGGAGGUUCUUGCCAAAGUCAGGGAGGAAGUCGCCGGAAUCUGGUUGCCGGAGUCGGACAAACUUAUAACGGCUGAGCAGUUAAGAGAAAUGAAGUACACGCAAGCGGUGGCGCGUGAGGUUAUUAGAUACAGACCGCCGGCGACUCUGGUGCCGCAUAUUGCGGCGGAGAAUUUUCCGUUAACGGAAAAUUACACGAUUCCGAAAGGUGCGAUCGUUUUUCCGUCGGCUUUUGAAUCAUCGUUUCAAGGUUUUACUGAACCGGACCGGUUCGAUCCAGACCGGUUUUCAGAAGAAAGACAAGAGGAUCAAAUAUUUAAGAGAAAUUUUCUAGCAUUUGGAGCUGGGCCCCACCAAUGUGUGGGCCAGAGGUAUGCAUUGAAUCACCUUGUUCUGUUCAUUGCUAUGUUUACAUCGUUGAUUGAUUUCAAGAGAGAUAGAAUGGACGGCUGUGAUGAAAUUGUUUAUGUUCCCACUAUUUGUCCUAAGGAUGAUUGUAGGGUUUUUCUGUCUAAGCGUUGCACAAGGUACCCUUCCUUUCCUGGUGUUCAGGGGCUUGGUAAAUGACUGUAAUGUCCUUGUUGUUUGUUGAUUAUUGAAGAUCCAUUUUGAUCGUCACACAUUUCUGCCUAGUCAAUUUAAUCAUCAUCAUAAAAAUAAAAUUCAAAUUAGUUUAUGAUGUAUUCAUUCAGGCGACAAACUAGUCUCGUAUUCGUUGUAACAGAGAGACUAUUCUGUCUCUAAUAUGGAAACAUUCGAGGCUAAUUUUAAUUUUUUUUGUUGGUUAGAGAAUGAAUUGACUUGUAAGAAAUUUGUGAAGGUUCAAAAUCGACUUUCACUCUUUUUUAUUAUUUUUAUUGUGUAGCCGUCGCAAAUGAUGGAUUAUGUGUUGACCUUUUUAUUUUAUUUUUUAUUUGGUGGGGUUUGAAUUUGAAAUUUAUUAUUCUUGUAAUUUAUGUGUAUUUGAAUGGUGGGUGGAUGAUUGGAUUUGGGUGUUUUAUUGACAUUUAAAUAAAAUGAGAGUCCAAAUUUAUUGAGAUGACUCUUUUCAA